AUGGGCGCGAGCCAUCUUGAGCAAACCAAUGCUCUCUUCAGGAAAAAUCUUGUAAUCCAGAGGCGCGCCUGCAAGACGAACUGCUGUCUGAUCUCGUUCCCGCUGCUCCUCUGCUCCGUCAUCGGCGGCCUACAGAUCGCCAUCAACCACGCAUCGUCGUCGCAGGGAGAGGGAGCUGCGAGUCCUGCUACCCAUCUCGACUGCAGCUGCAGCAACGUCAGCGUAGACGAGAACGCGAUGGGAGGCAUAGAAUGCCCAGACGAGUGCCCGUUGCCUCGCGCGCCCAAAGAACCCCCUGUCCUCAAGAUCCCAUUUCUCAAGUACCGGGCGGUUCAAGACGGGCUCUUCCCGUUCACUGAUCUCCCAGAUGCGUCGUGCAGGGUCAAUGGGUCUUGCGCGGCAACAUUCCUUGUCACUGGCGGCAACCACUCUUUUGUAGAAAGUGUGAUGGAUAACAUUUUCCCUGCUCAUAGUUCUUCAGUGAACUUGUCGGCAGAUGUUUCUGCGUUGUCUGAUUUUGUUCUGGCAGAUUAUGGAGGAUCUUUUCUUCAGAACAAGUGCUUCCCUAACUUGACACUUUCUUAUCCAGUUCAACAUGGCAAUCGUACCGUAAUUUUGACAAACCUUGUAUAUGAGAGACAAAAUAAGCUAAGGAUAAUGAUGAAGAUGCAUGGUCUUGGAGAUUUACCGUAUUGGACUAUAUCCUAUUGCUAUUUUCUACUAUUGUCGCUGCUUUAUGUGCUGUCCUUCAUGCUAUUUGGUUCUGCCCUUGGUUUAACAUUCUUCCGCCAGAACAACUAUGGCGUGCAGUUUGUAUUCUAUUUUGCUUACAUGAAUUUGCAAAUUUCAUUUGCAUUUCUUAUGACAACAUACUUCUCUAGUGUGAGGACAGAUACCGGAAGCUGGAUCACACUUAUGGAACUUUUACCUGCAUUUUCCUUAUACCGCAUUGUCUAUGAAUUCUCACGAUUUGAACGGCAUGGAAAUUAUAUGGCCUCCUCGGGGAUUCAAUGGACUGAUAUGACUAAUCCAGAAAAUGGAUUGGCAGGUGUACUUAUCAUUAUGGUACUAGAAUGGUUCGUAUUCCUUUUAUUUACAUUCUAUUUGGAUCGUUUUCAUUCCAUCAAAGACGGAAUGAGAAAAGCAGCAGUAUUUGUUCGCUCCCGCGUAAAUGGGAACCAUGUUGAAACUGCUCAGCAGCAGAACAUACAACUUCAGGAGUUCAGAGCUUCCGUUGAAAUGGAGAGAACAGAUGUCAUCAGAGAGAGAGAGAUAGUUGAACAGAUAUCAAAAGAAUCUCGCAGAAGCUAUUCAGUCAUAUGCGUCAAUCUUGAGAAAGUGUACCGUGGACAAGAUGGAAAUGCAGAUAAAAUUGCAGUUAGAGGGAUAUCCAUUUCUAUGUCACGUGGUCAGUGUUUUGGCGUUCUUGGUCCAAAUGGUGCGGGAAAGACCACUCUUAUUAACAUGCUGACCGGAUUUUGUAAACCUACCGCUGGCACCGCAUACAUUGAAGGGAUGGACAUAUGCUUCGACAUGGACCAAAUAUAUACAGGAAUUGGUGUUUGUCCACAGGAUGACUUGCUAUGGGAAAACCUGACUGGUCGCGAGCAUUUGUUGUUCUAUGGCAGGCUUAAGAGAUUAAAGGGUGCAGCAUUAGCUGAGGCCAUUGAACAAUCUUUGAGAAGUAUGCACUUGCUUGCCGGUGGUGUUCCUGAUAAACUCGUCGGAAAGUACAGUGGUGGUAUGAAACGUCGUCUCAGUGUUGCUAUCUCUCUAAUUGGUGAUCCUAAGGUUGUUUAUAUGGAUGAACCAAGCUCUGGUUUGGAUCCAGCAUCAAGGAAAAACUUGUGGAAGGCUGUGAAGUCUGCGAAACAGGAUAGGACAAUAAUUCUCACAACGCACUCGAUGGAAGAGGCUGAUGUUUUGUGCGACCGGAUUGGAAUCAUCGCAAAUGGUAGCUUGCAGUGCAUUGGGAGCUCCAAAGAGCUGAAAGACAGGUACGGAGGCUCAUGUGUGCUGACAGUAACAACUCCGGCCGGCGAGGAGGAGGAGGAGAUCGAGAGGCUGGUCCAGUCCAUCUCGCCCGCGGCCAACAGGGUGUACCGCGUCUCGGGAACGCAGAAGUUCGAGCUGCCGAAGCAGGGUAUGAAGAUCUCCGUGGUUUUCAGGGCCAUGGAGCAGGCGAAGAGCAGCCUGCACAUCCUUGCCUGGGGCCUGGCUGAUACGACGCUGGAAGACGUCUUCGUCAGAGUGGCCAAGCAGAGUGACAUGUCCACUGUGACCUGA